GAAACAUAUACAGACCACAACGAGACUCGAACUUGAGAGGACGGGAAUAUCUACUCUUGUAACAUUUUUGAUCAUAUAUUCGCAAGUUCUUUUUUCCUUAAGUGAUCAACGUAAUAACAAAGAAUUGGUGCCUUUCAAACACGAAAGAAAGGACCUCAAAAUUUAAUUUUUAAUCCUAGAACAACGAGAAAUGGCGAAGCGUCAACAACAUCAACCAACGUCCAAGAAAAGAGUGACGUUGGUACACAAUCAAUACAACUCUCCAUUAGGAUUGUAUUCGACUGAAGAGGUGGCUGAAACGCUUCAACGACAUACUCGUCUUUUGGGCAACGGAGCUAUUGGGGUUGAUUUUAAGUUGUUGUCCGUACCAAACCUGGCAAGGUCCGAAGUUUACAAGAUGCUGUCACAGGAGGAGCCGCAGUUACGUUACUUGCAUCAGCAACAUUCAAGAGAAUUGGAAUAUACAGACAGGAAACGCGUUGCUUGGCCACCGACAGCAAACACCAAAAUCGAAACGAUUGAAACACGCAACUACGGAUACGACAGCGGAGUAGUUGGCAUGACGUCGCUACAGCAUCGCGACGUCUACGUUUCACAGAAGCAAGGAGACUAUAAUGCAAUUCAUCCUCUUCAAAAACAAGGAGACUACAAUACGAUUCCUCUUCAGAAACAAGGAGACUAUAACACGAUUAACAACCAAAAGCAACAAUAUCAAAACCAGUUGGAUGAUCUGGUGAUUCAACAAACUCCUAAAGUCGUUCCGCCACCGCCUCCGCCUCGUGGUCAUCGAAAGCCCAUGCUUCGUUCAUCUUCCGAUGCUCAAGAUCCAUUUGCAUCAGCAUACGAAAGCGCCUUCGUCCAAUAUUCUGAUCCUAUUCGUCCAUCAGUCGCUGCUCAACAGAAACAGGAGCCAAGCAAAGAGGAGAAAGCAAUAAGAAUGUCAUCGCGCAGAAUGCCAGAACCUUUCGCCUCGGACGAAUUGGUGGGAGAACGAACGAUCAUCGCUAAGCCAAGCCCUCCACCGGGAUUACUACUGCGGCCGGCUGCGGUUAAAAAAACCGGUUUCACCAAAGAGACUCCUACCAUUCGAUCAGAGUCGUUCUUCAAACGGGGCACCACACCCGUCCGGAUGUUGGGAGACAUGGUAUGGCCUCCUAAAGGGCUAACCAGUACAACAGAUAAACAGCAAUUAAGUGCGCAAUCACCUGGAACGGUUCGUCGCCAGCAGAAGAAUUACCGCGAUUUUUUCACGCAGAACCAGCUGCCACCGAAUUUCCCAACUUACCGCGCCCCACCUGGAACGCAACACUUUGGGCUCGAAGAAGGAGAGAAUGCCACUCCAAUGUGAAUCUUUUUUUUCAACGAAACGCAUAAUUAACCUUAAUUAAAUUUUUAUUUUUCGCCCAACUCUCCCAGCAAGAAAAAAAAAAAAAGACCUUUUCUUUUAUGGGGAUGAGAUGUAUGCAAAUUUACCUGACUUCUUUAGAUGAGUUUUCCGUGAACCCCCAAGUGCUUUCUACUUUUAUACGCUCAUAUAGUUGUUUAAUUCAAAACAACUUUUAUCGCAUGGAACCGUGCGCUUUUGUGAUACACUGCAAAAACAAAACGAAAAACAAAAAAAAAAACAAAACAAAACAAAAAACAUCAAAAAGAAAUAAGUGUUUCGUUUACAAAUACUGUCCAGGUUUUUUUUUCCUUUCGCCAAUCCCACUAAUCAAACUAAAGACUUGAGUCUGCUUAAUCCCAUACACAGACCUUGAUCCAGUGAUCCAUUUGCGUUCAUUAACCACUUCGAUUCGAGCAUAUUUUAUGUAUGUAUUUUGAACUCUAUGCAAAUCUUUUAACGAUUGAGACUUUCAAUACAACCCAAAAUAAAUCUUUAAAAAAUA